AAACCAAUGUUGAAUGCCCUAACUCAGACCCAUUCACCACUCCCACUAACACCAACAAUCAAAUCGAACAAACAUGUUCCUUCGAAGGUUUGCUCGACCAUCAUCCUUGAUGAUGAUGGCAAAGGUGAAGGAAACAACAGGGAUCGUCGGUCUGGAAGUGGUCCCUAACGCACGGGAGGUGUUAAUCGAUCUUUACAACAAAACCCUAACCGAGAUCCAGCGAGUACCGGAGGACGAAGGCUACCGUAAGGCCGUCGAGAGCUUCACGCGCCACCGGCUGAGCGUGUGUGAACAGGAAGAAGACUGGGAGUCCAUUGAGAAGAAACUUGGUUGUGGUCAGGUUGAAGAGCUUAUUGAAGAGGCUCGGGAUGAACUCAAACUCAUCGACAAAAUGAUCGAGUGGGACCCAUGGGGUGUGCCAGAUGACUACGAAUGCGAAGUAGUUGAAAACGACGCUCCCGUUCCAAAACACGUGCCACUGCACCGGCCCGGUCCGCUCCCCGAGGAGUUCUACAAGACGUUGGAAGCCGUCAUGGGUGGAAAACUGGAUGGUGCCCUCAAGAAAGAUGAGCCGGUGAUCCCUGCAACUUCUCAGUCAACUUGAGCCCUGCUGGUUUAGCUAAUCGGGCUUUGUUUUUCAUUUCUUUCGAGUGAAGGGUUUCUUUCUGUUAAUUGAAAGCUGAAUGUUUACUAUAUUAACAAUCGUCGUGAUGUUUUAAUAACCGUGUUUUUGAGGUCAAGUGUUUUAUCUUGGCAACGCUCGAGAUUAGGAGUUAAAUAAACACAAUUUCAGCUGAUCUUCAA